UUAAGAGAAGCACACGAAGACAAUCUCGAAAGCUGACCACAAAAAGUUUUCGACUUUGAGAAGAAAUUAGAUAAAAAUCAUUCUAUCCAUUUCACCAAAAAUAUAAUUUGAAGGGCUCUCUCUCAAUUUCGAAUUCUGCUUUGUUUGUUAUCCAGAGAAAAGAGUCGAAAAAAAUCUAAUCUUGAAUGGCGAAGAAAGGAGGAGCGACGACGCUAGCUGAGGAUGCACCAUGGCGAGUUUCUUCAGUAAGACCAGUGCCUAAGAUCAGUCGCUCACCUGUUCUUUCUAUCUCUCAAAGCCCUGAAACCGAUUACGCCAUUUCCGUCAUGAAGCAUCCGAAUCCUGUGGGAGGUGGGUUUGCGAUGGAAGCUGUACUUGAAUCUGCAGGACCUGAAUGUGUUGUUCCUGGCCAAGUCACACCUGUUCGCUUACUUGGUGUCAAGGUGUGGCCAGUUGAAGUUGAUCUUAAAUUCUUGGAACCAGUGGGAAAAGAGCUGAAAAUGCUUGGAAAGUUCAUGGACAACGCCGUUGAGCUGAUGAAUAAGUCCUUCAUUGACCGCUAAGCACUAUGGAUAAAGGGAUACAUACUUGUCAAGAUUCUACGUCUGAAGUUUUGGAAUUGCGGGAGAUCUGUCUAGUCGCCGGAACUUGUUAAGAGGCAGAGAUUGCGGGAGAUCUGUCUAGUCGCCGGAACUUGUUAAGAGGCAGAGAGAUCCAAUAUGAGCAAAGUUUAAUAUGGUUUGUGUGUUUGUAUAGGGAAUUUUACAAACAGAAUCUAUAUGCUAUCAAAUCAUUGGUUUGAAUGAUAAUUGUAAGAAUCUAUACUAAUAAAAAUUAGAAGCUAUAAGCUCCUAAAGUCCA